AUGCCUGAAGAGAAGAAGAAGAUACGCACUCGUGUGAUCAAGAAGGUCAGGGGUGAUAAACAAGAGGUUACGAAGAUCGAAACCGUUGAAGAAGAUGAUAAACAACCAGAAACCACAGUCACAGUUGAAGAAACACCUUUAGACGAAACGCCCGAGUCAGUUAAAGAAAUGCCCGAAGAAGUGCGUGUGGUUGAAACCAUCUCCGAAGACGGUAAACCAAAGAAGAAAAAGAUACGCACUCGUGUGAUUAAGAAGGUCAAGGGUGACAAACAAGAGGUUACGAAGAUCGAAACCGUUGAGGAAGAUGAUAAACAACCAGAAACCACAGUCACAGUUGAAGAAACUCCUGUUGAAGAAGCACCUGAGGAAAUCAGAGAACUGCCCGAGGAGGUGCGUGUAGUUGAAACCGUCUCCGAAGACGGUAAACCAAAGAAGAAGAAGAUACGCACUCGUGUAAUCAAGAAGGUCAAGGGUGAUAACCAAGAAGUCACAAAGAUCGAAACCGUUGAGGAAGAUGAUGAACAACCAGAAACCACAGUCACAGUUGAAGAAACUCCUGUUGAAGAAGUACCUGAAGAAAUUAUAGAAAUGCCCGAAGAGGUGCGUGUGGUUGAAACCAUCUCCGAAGACGGUGAACCAAAGAAGAAGAAGAUACGCACUCGUGUAAUCAAGAAG